UGUACAAGCAUAAUUACCAGAAAAGUCUUCUUGGCAGCACUGUUACGAAAUUAAUCGCUGCCAACUUCGCAGGUCUUCUUCAACAAAAUUCCUCUUUCGUCAAAUAGCCGUAGAACAGUGCGGACUCUGCUAAAAUGGCAUCCAAGGUAUCACGUGAUACCCUGUACGAGGCAGUCAAUGCUACCCUCGAAACUUCAUUGAAGAAGAAGCGUAAGUUCUUGGAAACCGUGGAACUACAAAUCGGUUUGAAGAACUACGAUCCCCAAAAGGACAAGCGUUUCUCCGGCACCGUCAAAUUGAAGCACAUUCCCCGUCCAAAGAUGAAGGUUUGUGUGUUGGGAGACCAACAGCAUUGUGACGAAGCCAAGGCCAACAACGUCGAAUGCAUGGACGCUGAAGCUCUCAAGAAGUUGAACAAGAACAAGAAACUCGUCAAGAAGCUAGCCAAGUCAUACGACGCUUUCUUGGCCUCCGAGUCUCUGAUCAAACAAAUCCCACGUCUGUUGGGACCCGGUCUGAACAAGGCUGGUAAGUUCCCUGGUCUUUUAUCUCACCAGGAAUCGAUGAUGGGCAAGAUCGAUGAGGUCAAGGCCACCAUCAAGUUCCAGAUGAAGAAAGUCUUGUGUCUGUCCGUCGCCGUCGGUCACGUUGACAUGAAGCCCGAUGAGUUGGUCCAGAACAUCCAUUUGUCGAUCAAUUUCUUGGUCUCGCUGCUGAAGAAGCAUUGGCAAAACGUCCGUUCCCUGCACAUCAAGUCAUCCAUGGGACCACCACAGCGAUUGUACUAAGCAUAUGUUUUGUAGAAGAGAAAUACAAAGAACCGUUUUUUUAUUGACUUAACACAAAA